UGGUGUUUCAGUAAAACAUGAGUUCUUAAGUAUCUUCUAUGUCCAGUAUGUAAAUCCCAACCUCCUCGUACCGAAUCGGAAUCACCGCUCGGGGGGUGAAGCAAGUCACAGAAGGGCCAUUGCAGACUUCGCGGGGCUGUGCGAAAACCCGAAUCUGGGGCGAGAUUUCAGCGGCGAGUCACUCAGGCUCCUUCCAUCCAUCCGUCCAUCACUCUUUUCAUGAAAUCAGGUCACUUUUACCAAGUCCGGUACAUCCCUCCCUCCUCAUGGUUUCCGUGUUUUCUCAUAAGAACUUCGACGGGGGGGAUCGACAAUCGUUUGCCAAGCGUUCAAUGACAUCCCUAGCCACGUAUAAGGUGACGAAAGAACCCACUUACCAGUCCUAACGCCACCAACUUCCAAACCGGUAGAUUGGCCAGCACGUAUUCCCAUUUUUAGAUGGUGCUUUGGAAUUAGUGAGCUUGAAUGGGCUGUGGAAGGGCUGUAACGGUAACGUUGGCGGCUCGGAUCGGAGGUGGUGUCGCGUAUGUGACCUCCAAUUAGACGUGGUGAACGUUUGAGGGACAACUUGAUGAAAGAGAUUACGAUUAUCAUGCCACGGUCACACAUGUAUUAGUGAUAUAAAUAUAAAAAGAAACAUACAUACAACAAGGGUGGGAUUUUAAUCGUCAAAACGACGAGGGUUCGGCCGUUAACCGAAGGAAGGGGUUGUCUUGGGAACAUUUCGGGUGAGUGGAGGGCCGGAGGCAGGGGAGUUGCGGUCAAAACGGACAGUUGAUGAGGUGAAAGAUGACUGGAGUCGGGCGGGGAAUUUACGGCAUCGGAACGGGAGUGACGAGUACUUUUCAUCACCCACAAUUUGUAAGCGUCACUUAUGACGAAGCUGCGGGAAGGAACGCUUCCCAGCUGCUACAGACAUCGUAAAUUGCAAGGAAAUGCAGGAAAAGCCAGAUUCUGUGUUCAUUUGGGUUGGAAGUGGAAAAACGAAGAGCGAGGCCGAGGGGAGCCGAAGGCCGGGGUACUUGAAUAAAUUGGGGCGAACAAACAAAUAAUGUAAAUAAAUAUUUGGGGUGUUGAUUCCGUUAUACCGAAAUGUGGCAGAGCGUUCCUGGGGGCACGUAAAAAAAAAGGAAACUUCUAAUUUGCUCCCCACGAUGAGCCUAGGUAACUCGUUCCUUCAAGUACCUAUCUCUCUCACUCACAAUCACUUCCCUUCUUUUUUUUUCCAGACGACCACCAUUCCAUUCUUACCAAACUUCUCCAGACUACAAUGUCACCUUCAAAGCAUAACCACAAUCUUCACAUCGACUUACCCUCACAACGUCGCUCAGAACACCUACUACGAGAAACUCUUCUCAAGGACACAGAAGCUACAGCUUCGCCAAGGAGAAGAACUUCAGUUGCAUCCAGGAGUUCAAGUCGUACCAGGGCUUUAGAAUCUAGUGGUGGUCUCUGGGGUUGGUUUUGGAGAGACAACGGGGAGCUUUCCAGUGCGAGUGCUAGUGAAGAAGAUUCGCCAUACCUACCCACUCCUUCCAGUCCUCUCCGUACACCCGCUGGCUUUUUUGACGAAGAACGACGAGGAAGAGGUCGUACCGCUCAUACCAACAACAAGUCUAGAGCCGUCGAGUCGUUGGAAAGGCUCACCAGCAGCACCAGUCCUAUUCUCGGCGCAAGUUCUGGGCCCAAAUCCAAACUCACCGUCGCGUUAGAGACCGUGCCGAGUGUCGGGGAUCUACGCGUCCUCGUCGCUGCUCAUGAUGCCCUCACUUCCACACCCACUACGUCCAGUUCUACCCCUUCUGCCUCAUUUACAUCCACCACUUCAUCAAUAUCAUCACCGGUAUCCAAUACAUCCAUCUCUCCUCAACCCGGAUUAGAUCAUGAAUCAGAAGAUCCAGAACCCUCAUCCUCACCCUCACCCCGAGAUAUCCUCCUCACCCCACCUCCAACACCACCUGCGGCCUUCGGUUUGGGUUUAGGUUUCGGUUACGAGCGCCCAUUAGCCUAUCCUACUCCGACUACACCACCUAUAUCUAGAAUCCCAGUACUGGGAUCUGCGCAGAAACACCGACGAGCUCUAUCUGUUUCUGUAUUUCCCCAGCGUACGGUCUCGGCAUCAGCAUCAGUAUCAACACCGAGUACACCGAAACGGAGUACGAUACCCGUGCCUACCGUUGCUGCGGCGAAAUCUGGUACGCCUAAACGGACGAAUUCGUUGAUUGUUAGUACUGCGAAUGGGAAUACGAAACGGCCGUAUACGCCUACGAGAACCACGGGUUCUGCUAUCACUCCUCGGAUCCCUUUGACGCCUACUCCUACGAGGGUACAUAGACGGUCGUCAUCGACGCAGGUCAAGUUGGGCACUACUACCAGUGAUAUACCGAGAAAGAUGUUGGUAGUUGAUGGACCUGGACCUGGACCCGGGGACGUAGCGGUAGAUCAGGAUCAGGAUCAAACCGUGAUGCUCGGUACACCGCCGAAAAAGCAGUCGCUCGGUCCGACUGCGAAUGUGUUUAUGCCUGGGACACCGCAGAGUGGGAAAAGGACGUUUGGAGGGCUUUCGGAAGGGUUCGUUGGGAAUGAUCGUUAUCGUUCGAGUUCUACGAUGAGUUCGGGUUCUCCGAGGAGGAAUACGUCAGCGGCUAGUUUACCUGUGUCUGUGAAUAGCCCGAAGAGUGGCGGUGGUGAUGAUAGUCCUAGGAGGGCGAGAACGUCGACGACGUUGGCUGAGAUGGUGGUUAUUGCGGAGGGGCAGAGGGAAACAGGUGGAGGAUACCGGACGCCGGUUAGGAAGAAUAAGGCUCAUUUGUAUUCGUCGGAGAUGGAGGGGGAGAGGUGUCCGUAUACGUAUAGGUCGCCUACUACCACCACCAACACCCAUGGGACGACUCCCGAUACCCCGUCUUCUUCUCAGAGUCGGUUUAAUAUACGUGCGGCGAGUGCGCAGUGUCAGGCGCAGGAAGGGUAUGUGUCGUUUGCUGCUGUUGAAGGGUUGGGAGAGCCGGAGUCUGAGGUGGAUGUACCGCCGAAGGAGGGAGAAGGGGGGAGGAAGGGAGGGGUGAGGGGGUGGUUGGGGUUGUGAGAACAUGGUACCGGUGGUGUGGUUUUUUUCUUUUUCUUUUUCUUCUUUGGAUUUCUUUCUUCUCUCGUGGUCGUUGUCGCUGUCGGAAAAACAUAUUGGGAAAAAUCCUUUUUUUUUUUUUUGUUUUUUUGAAUUAUAGGGAACUUGAAGAAAAAUGCUAAUGUGUACUUUUACUCCGCUUGUUGGCUUUCCUCGCCAUCUAUUCUAUCCCGCUAUCCUCUACUAUCUGCUGCUGCUGCUACUUCGUACUAUAGAGCUGACCUGAUACAAACAAACCAACAAACGUUCUACUUACUUAUCCCUACCAUCAUCACUAGUUUUGAUUAAUACGUAUACGUAUAACUUAUUCAGUAUGUACAAAAAAAAAGAAUAAGUUAGUUGUGUACAUACAUACAGAUAUACAAUGUCUUUUCUAGUUUUA